AAACUCUGAUUCCAAUGUCAAACAGACCCUUUAUCUCUAUACCUACCCUCAAGCGGCAUAGAGCUUGCCCCCCACCCACCACCCCCCGGCCACACACACUCACACACAAACACUCACACUCACACACACACACAUAUAUAUAGAUAUAUAUAAGAGAGGCCUUUUCCUUAUUUUUGGUCUAUCAAAAUUUCUGUUCUUUGAUCUAUUACUCAACAUGAUCAAACUCAGCAUUCUUUAUUUCACAAUCUUUUGCUUUCUUCUGCUGCUCCCUUCGCUUGCCCAUGGAGAAUGUACAUGUGAAGCCGAGGAUGAAGUGAUCGACAAAUCUUUGGCUCGAAAAUACAAAGUUGCAGCCAUAGCAGCUAUACUUGUGGCUGGCGCAAUCGGAGUUUGUCUUCCUAUUGCCGGAAAAUUUAUUCCAGCUUUGCGUCCCGAAAAGGACAUAUUCUUCAUAAUAAAAGCCUUCGCAGCAGGAGUAAUUUUGUCAACUGGGUUUAUUCAUGUGCUUCCUGAUGCCUUUGAAAACUUGACAUCGCCAUGUCUGGAUGAAAAUCCAUGGGGAAAAUUUCCGUUUACUGGUUUUAUUGCCAUGGUUUCUGCAAUUGGCACUUUGAUGGUGGAUGCUUUUGCUACCUCUUAUUAUAGUAAGUCUCAUCUGAAAAAUCAACAAUCCAUAAGUGCAGAUGAGGAAAAGGUUGGGGAUGGUGAGGUACAUGUUCAUACUCAUGCAAGUCAUGGCCAUUCACAUGGCAUGGUUUUGGCUGAGAAUUCUGUUACAUCAGAACUCCUUCGACAUCGAGUAAUUUCGCAGGUUUUGGAGUUGGGAAUUGUGGUCCACUCUGUAAUAAUAGGAAUUUCUUUAGGUGCUUCUGAAAAUCCAAAGACAAUAAGACCUCUAAUUGCUGCCCUAACAUUUCAUCAAUUCUUUGAAGGCAUGGGCCUUGGUGGAUGUAUUUCUCAGGCAAAAUUUAAGGCAAAGACUGUAGCAAUCAUGUCAACAUUUUUCUCACUAACAACCCCAGUUGGGAUAGCAAUUGGAAUUGCUAUAUCAAAUGGGUAUGAUGAGAAUAGCCCCAAAGCUUUAAUUGUUCAAGGAGUAUUUAACGCAGCCUCAUCUGGAAUUUUGAUAUAUAUGUCUUUGGUCGAUCUCCUUGCUGCUGAUUUUAUGAAUCCAAGAGUGCAAGCUAAUGGAAAACUUCAACUUGGAGUUAAUUUUUUUCUUCUUUUUGGAGCUGGUUGUAUGUCUCUCCUGGCCAAAUGGGCUUAAUUGUUUUUUUUUGAAACUAUCGGUAUCUACAUCCUAUUACUAGUGACCGCCUAAUCCGCCUAAUCGACUCCGAGAGCUCUUCUUACAUGUCUAGCUUAUAUUGUCAACUGAGUCACAAUCCAUAUUAAAAAAUGUAAUUUUCUCAAUUCAUUCAUUUUUUUUUUCCAA